AUGGACAAGCUGGUACAACCGAUUUCUCAAAGCCCCCAGAGAGAAUGGAUUCUUGACACACUGGCCGACUUACCGGAGUACUAUGAAGCACUGACGGCCAAGAUACCCAAGUUGGCUCGUGAUGUUGAUGGCUUUCAGUCACUAGCUGAACUCGACUCUUGGAUUCGACACGGAGCAAACAGCUUGUCGAAAGAUGAUACAAAUCUACCCAGUAUAAUGGUCGGCCCGCUCGUGGUAUUGAUACAGCUCACUCAAUAUUGGCGUUACCUGGAGCAGACAAAUGUCAACAGCACGCAGGUAACAGACUUGCAGGCAGAUUUGGUUGCACAGCAUCCAAGCCAGGCGGGAGCCAAAGUUGAGAUACUGGGCUUUUGCGCUGGUUUAUUAGCCGCUCUUGCCGUCGCCAGCGCGAAAAGUCGACAGGAAUUCCAGGAGUACGGCGCUGUCGCGGUGCGAUUGGCGAUGCUUAUUGGGGGUCUGAUAGAUGCCCAAGAAGCGUGGGACAAGGGCUCCGGUAAGGGUAGUUCAGCAUCAUAUGCAAUUGCCUGGCGUGGGCAAAAGCAAGAAGAUGACAUGACACGCAUUAUUGACAACCUGUCAACCGAUGCCUACAUUGCCGUCCGCUACGAUGAGGCCCGUGCCACAGUGACAGCUUCAGAUACUAUUGCUCCUCUCCUCCUCAAAAGACUACGCGCUGCUGGCAUCACGGCAGCUGAAGUUGGCAUCAAGGGCCAGAUCCAUAGUCCUAAUGCGGACAGGAAAGCCCAAACAAAUACGCUUGUCGAUUUGUGCAACGCUUUGCCUGGUCUACAGUACGCUGAUGCGGGUAACCUUGCACUCCCAACCUUCGACAAUCAAGGCGAGGGGAAGCCCUUGUUGCCUGGACGAGGGAGCCUGAGCGAGAUGGUUCUGCGGUCCAUCUUGACACAGCAGUGCCAAUGGUACGACACCUUCUCAGCCGUGAUGGAGGGCCACCAAGAUCCCACUGUCGUGACAUUUGGCCUGGAGCGUUGCGUACCUCCCACCCUGAUGCGACGUCUCGGGACCAGACAAUUUUUUUUUGAAGACUUGCCCAAAUAUCCUGCGCAGCCCUCCAGCUGGUUGCCGAACGUCUCAAGCGGACAAAAACAACAAAGGCAGCAGAAGCAGGAACAACGACUGAGAACUGAUGAUGGAGGUAUGAAGCCAAUUAUAGACUUUGACGAUGAGAGCAUUGCCAUUAUUGGCAUGUCAGUCAAGACUGCAGGGGCCGAUGAUUUGGCUGAAUUUUCCGAGAUGCUCAAAACGGGCAAAUCACAGCACAUUCCAAUCACCAGGGAUCGGCUCAUGCACGACAUGCUGUUCCGUGAGUCUGCUGACAGCGACCCAAAACGCAAAUAUUAUGGCUGUUUUUUCCGCGAUGGCGACGCCUUUGACCACAAAUUCUUCAAAAAGAGCCCUCGCGAGGCCGCCGCCAUGGAUCCCCAGAGCCGCAUUGUUCUCCAAACAGCAUAUCAGGCUGUUGAGCAAUCGGGCUACUUUGCAGAGAACACCACUGGUUAUACGCCAGAUGGACGCGACAAGGCGCAUGUCGGCGUUUAUCUAGGUUCAUGCGGAGUGGACUACGAGCAUAACAUCUCCUGCCACGAGCCUAAUGCCUUCACAGCCACGGGAGCCCUCAAAAGCUUCAUAACGGGCCGAGUGUCGCACCUGUUUGGCUGGACUGGCCCGUGUUUGACGUUUGAUACAGCGUGUUCUUCCUCAACCGUAGCCAUUCACACAGCAUGUCGAAACCUCUUGUCUGGCGAAUGCACAUCAGCCUUGGCUGGAGGUUCCAACACAGUGACCAACAUGAAUUGGUUCCAGAAUCUUGCCGCUGGUUCCUUCGUUAGCCCUACCGGACAGUGUAAGCCAUUCGAUGACAAUGCAGACGGGUACUGUCGUGCCGAAGGCGCUGCGUUUGUCUUCCUCAAAAAAUUGUCGGACGCAAAACGAGACGGCAACCCCGUUAUCGCGACCAUUGCCAGCAGUGCCGUCUACCAGAACCAGAACUGUACACCUUUAUUCGUGCCCAACUCGCCGUCUCUGUCUCAGCUUUUCAAGGAUGUGAUGCGCAAGGCCAAGGUGACUGUCAACGAUGUGUCACUGGUCGAGGCCCAUGGUACCGGAACGCCCGUCGGAGAUCCAGCUGAAUACGAGAGUAUUCUCGCGGCCCUGGGUGGCCCUGUCCGUAAGAAGAAACUGCCAAUCGGAUCCGUUAAGGGCCAUAUUGGCCACACCGAAGGUGCCUCCGGUGCCAUUGCACUUGUCAAGAUCAUCAUGAUGAUGCGUGGCAGCUUUGUUCCGCCCCAGGCAAGCUUUACAAGGAUGAACAGCAAGAUUCCCGUCAAGCCUGACGACAAUCUGGAGGUGGUGACAAAGCUGCAGUUGUGGGACGAGUCACACAAGACAGCCCUGCUCAACAACUAUGGUGCUUGCGGGUCCAACGCGAGCAUGAUCAUCACCCAACCAGAUAGGGCCCUAUCCGGGCCGAUCGCUAGCUCACUCUCGAGAGAAAUUGGGAAACGGGUUCCCUUCUGGAUUCCAGGUUUCGAUACCAGAGCCAUUGCUGCGUACUGCGCCAAGCUUGGCCAGUGGCUACGGUCGUUCCCCAAAGAGCCAACUUUGGCCGAUCUCUCAUUCAAUAUCAACAGGCAGUCCAACCGUAGCCUGACUCAGGCACUCAUCUUUAGCUGCCUCUCAAUGGCUGAGCUAUAUGAGAAGCUAGACCGGGCGGCCAAAGUCAUCUCCAAGAAAGACCUCGCUGCUAAUGCGGGCAUCGAAACAGCAAAGGCCGAAAGACCCGUCAUCCUGUGCUUUGGUGGCCAGGUAUCGCGAUUUGUUGGGCUUGAUCGCAAAUUGUUCGACUCGGUGGCCAUCCUGCGGCAACACCUCAACGAUGUCAACACUGUCUUCAUAUCCCAGGGCCUCGACAGCAUCUACCCAGAUAUCUUUACGCGUGAGCCGAUCCAGGACACAGUCAAGCUGCAGACUAUGUUGUUUGCCCUGCAAUACGCGGGCGCCAAAUGCUGGAUAGACUGCGGCCUCGAGGCUAAGAUUGAAGCCGUCGUGGGCCACAGCUUUGGAGAGAUCACGGCGCUUUGUAUUACCGGUGUACUCAGCCUUGAGGACACAGUUAAGUUAGUGGCAGCGCGCAGCAAGUUGGUUCGCGAUAGCUGGGGUGCUGACUCAGGCGCUAUGAUCGCCAUCGAGGCCGACGAGACGCUGGUCCGCGAGCUACUCGUAGAGGCAAACCGGGAUUCGAAUGGCUCCGCUAGUAUCGCGUGCUACAAUGGCCCGCGUAGCUUCACGAUUGCUGGAUCAACCGAUUCCAUCAACGAAGUACAGCAGGUUAUAGCGUCCAACUCUAACUUCAGUUCCAUCAAGAGCAAGCUCCUGAGCGUAACCAAUGCCUUCCACUCAGCCCUCGUUGACAACAUUAGCGAAGAUCUUGAGGAAAUCGGGAAGACUCUAGCCUUCCACAAGCCGAUUAUAUCAUUGGAACGGGCCACUGAGAUUUCAUUUGGCUCAGACGACAUAGACGCUUCGUUCGUAUUCCAGCACAUGCGCCAGCCCGUCUUCUUCAAUCACGCCGUCCAACGGUUGGCCAAGCGACACCCGGAAGCCAUCUUCCUCGAAGCUGGUUCUAGCUCGACCAUUACCAUUAUGGCAGGCCGCGCUAUUGCUCAAAGCCAGGCUUCGUCCUCAGACUCGCACCAUUUCCAGGCGGUGUCAAUCACCAACGACAUGGGCUUGAAUGGGCUGACGGAUGCCACCACGGCUCUGUGGAAGCAGGGCCUGCGCGUCUCUUUCUGGUCCCAUCACGCAGUUCAAACGCUUGAGCACGAGCAGCUACUCCUGCCGCCAUAUCAGUUCGACACAACUCCACGUCACUGGCUUCCAAUGAAGUCGCCGCUGGAGCAAGUCAAAAAAGCGGCCGCCGCGCUGAUGACGGCUAGUGUUGCAGGAAUGGCGCAUAUUCAAGAAGUUGGUUUCCAUCAAGAUCCCAGGACACAGCCUUUGUGGGACUUUGUCGGAUUCCAAGACGGAGAGAAGGAGAAGCCACGGUUCCGUAUUAAUACCGAGUCGGACAAGUACAACAGCUUCGUCUUGGGUCAUAUCAUUGCGCAGACUGCACCAAUUUGCCCAGGCACACUUGAGUGCGACAUUGUUAUCGAGGCUCUCUACAGCCUUGAGUCGGAAUGGAAGAGUGGGGGAUGGGGACCUGUGGUUCGCGAUAUGACCAAUCACUCACCAAUCUGCAAAGACCCGUCGCGAACUGUUUACCUCGACCUGACGCCCCUGAACAAGAAGCGCACCCAAUGGAGCUUCCAAAUAUUCAGUGUUGCGACUCAAAGUAAUGAUCAAAGACCUGAUAUUCACGCCGAGGCCAGCGUUGAACUCUGUGCGUCCACAGAUGCAGCCUACCUUCGCGACUUUGCCAACUUUGAGCGGCUCGUCAGCCAUAAACGAUGCACCGAUGUACUGAGCCUCAAUCUCGACGAAACUGACGUUGAGGUGCUUCAGGGCCGCAAUGUGUACCGAGCCUUCAGUCCUAUUGUCGACUAUGGCGAUAUUUACCGCGGAGUCCGUUACGUUGUGGGUCGUGGCGAUGAAUGCGCCGGAUACGUCCAAUUACCCAAAUCUCACCGUGGGGAUACUUGGCUUGAUGUACCUUUGAGCGACAGCUUUAGCCAGGUUGGUGGGCUUUGGGUGAACUUGAUGACGGAUCUUCCUCCGGGAGACAUGUACAUCGCAACGGGUUGCCAGUUGUCGAUGCGUUCGCCAAAUGCCUCCAGUCGUGCCGACACGGAAGUGUGGCAUGUAUAUGCGCGUCACUCUCGUCAGGGCGACAAGGCUUUCAUGACUGACCUUUUUGUAUUUGAUGCAACAACGGGCCAACUGAUCGAAAUUAUGAUAGGUGUGCAGUACGGUAGGGUCGCGAAGGCAUCGAUGAGCAAGAUGCUGGCCCGGAUGACAAAGGAUGAAUCGGUUCUUCGGAUCAAAGCACCUGUUUCCCAGCCCGUCAAGUCAGUUUAUGUUGUGCCAAACCCCGUCGAAGAUGUGAAAAAGACGACAAAAAGGAUAUCCGAGGCUCGAAAUACCAAGACUAGGGCAAAGAAAGACAAGAAGAAAGACAAGGUAGCUUCAGGCUGGCGGGACAUCACUGAUGAGGUACGCAGCCUUGUGGCUACCGUUUCGGGCAUCGAGGCCAACGAGUUGGAGCUUGAUGGCGAAAUGGCCGACUAUGGCAUUGACUCUCUGAUGGGAAUGGAGCUGGCCAAGGAGGUAGAGACAGCUUUCAAGUGCACUCUGGACCAGAACGAGCAGAUGGAGGCUACCAGUCUUCGCAAGUUCGUCGCAUGCGUGUCCAACGCUCUAUUUGGUUCGAACCAGGGAUAUUCCACCACAAGCGGUGAAGAAAGUGAUGAAGACGAACAGAGUGAGGACUCUUCCGUUGGAUCUUCUGCUGCGAGUGACCAAGACGUGUUGUCCAGCGGAGAGUCUUCAGAUACCGGAAUCUUCACUCCUCAGGACGAGGUAUUGCCUCUAAAAGCUGUGCCUAUUCAUAAGCCAGCCGGUCUCGCAGCCAUAGCGCCCCCAGUUGAUAGUCGCCUGUCGCUGUCAGCCUCUGAUGUGCUUGAAUCUUUCGGCGAGGUCAAAAUGACCACGGACAAGCUCAUGCGUGAGUACGGCGUCCAUGUGACCGAAAAGUUUAUGCUAGCCGGCAGCAAUAGCCUCUGCGCAGCACUCGUUGUGGAAGCCUUUGACGAAUUAAAGUCGCCACUCCGUACAGCCGCUGCUGGCCAAGUCAUUGACCGCGUCUCUUUUCUCACUCAGCAUGCCCGCUUGAUGCAGUGGGCGUAUGAAUUCCUUGAGCGUGAUGCCCGUCUGAUCGAUGUGGACGUUUUGACUGGACGCAUAACGCGUACACACGUCGCGCCCCCGCGAAAAACGAGCCAUGCAAUCCUGAAAGAGCUGUUGACUUCCAAUCCCGACUUUGCGGUGCCAAACAGGCUUACUUACUACGCAGGAAAGCAGCUCGCGGGCGUGUUGAGCGGAUCGACGGAUGGGAUUCGCGUGCUAUUUGGCAGCCCCGAAGGCCGAGAGCUGACAGCUGCUAUGUACUGCGAGCAUACUUUUAACUGUAUGAGCUACGUCCAGAUGCGUGAAGUCACGAGAAUUUUGGCAGAGCGUAUCCACAGCAGCGGCAAAUUCUCUGGAGAGACGUUCAAGGUGCUUGAGAUGGGAGCUGGUACGGGUGGCACCACACUCAUUAUGGCACCCUUGAUGGCAUCACUUACCGCAAUGGGCAUCACCUCAGUCGAAUACACGUUCACGGAUAUUUCUCCAUCCAUGGUAGCCAACGCACGUCGUCGAUUGAGCAAACAGUAUCCGUUCAUGCGCUUUGCUGUGCACGACAUUGAAAAGGCACCCGCUGAUGAACUCAAGGGCCAGCAUCUUGUUGUGGCUAGCAACGCUAUCCACGCCACUCACAAUUUGGGGGUCUCGCUGUCGAAUGUACACAAGGCCCUACGCGCUGACGGCUUCCUUAUGAUACUGGAGAUGACAGAGGUUGUCCCCUUCGUUGACCUCGUCUUUGGCUUGCUGGAAGGCUGGUGGCUGUUUGAUGACGGGCGAAGCCACGCCGUUGUAGCUGCAGAACACUGGGAGCGUGAACUGCACACCGCAGGGUUCGGACAUGUUGAUUGGACCGACGGCAGCCUACCUGAGAAUGCGUUCCAAAAGGUCAUUAUAGCGCUAAAGUCGGGGGCUCAGGGCCCACGACUACCAAAGCCAGCUGCCCUCCCAGAGCCCAUCCCGGAGCUCAAUCCGGCAAAUAUUGAGACACGCACGGCGGAGGCAGAGAGGCUCGUAGCCACAUACUCCAAUGGCUGGGUUACGCCCAAGCUGCGUUUCCUUGACGCCAAAAAAGGGGAUGUUCAGCUGAAACAAAGUGGCAAGGCUCCAUCACGCAAGAAGAACCUCGACGCCGUCAUUCUGGUGACGGGAGCCACGGGAAGCUUGGGCUCACAUCUCGUCCAGAAGCUGGCCGAUGAUCCCAAGGUUGCGCGGGUGGUGUGCCUUAACCGCCGCAGCAGCAGCGUGCUCGCGGAAAAAAGGCAACAAGAAGCAUUUGCCAACCGUGGCAUUAAACUCCUCCCUAGUGCUCGUGCCAAACUUCGCAUCCUUGAGACGGACACCUCGAAAGCGCAAUUGGGUCUUUCGCCGCUCGAUUACUCGUGGCUUGUCGAGCACGCCACUGAUAUUGUGCAUAACGCUUGGCCCAUGAGUGGCACACGGCCUAUCAGUGCGUUUGAACCGCAGCUCCAAGCUAUGCGCAACCUGCUGGACUUAGCUCGCGAGAUAGCGUCCCGAGAUUUUAACCCUCCGAGCCGCGUGGGCUUCCAAUUCGUCUCGUCUAUUGGAGUCGUAGGCUUCGCUGGCGAGUCGCGAGUCCUUGAGCACCGCGUGCCACUAUCUGCCACUCUUCCCAGCGGUUACGGCGAAGCCAAGUGGGUGUGUGAGCGUAUGCUCGAUGAAACGCUGCAUAAGUACCCGCGUCUUUUCAGGGCAAUGGUGGUGCGCCCCGGCCAAAUUUCAGGAUCAUCCACUAGUGGCUUCUGGAACCCCGUCGAGCACUUUGCUUUCUUAGUCAAGUCAGCCCAGUCGCUGCGUAUGUGGCCCGACCUGGAUGGUGUGCUGCAGUGGAUUCCUGUGGAUUAUUGCGCCGGCAUCAUGGCCGACCUGUUGAAGAUUGGGUUGCGCGACGAAGCCCCGGACGCUUAUCCUGUUUAUCACAUCGACAAUCCCAUUGGCCAGCAAUGGAAAAGUAUGUCACCCGUGCUGGCUGCUGCGCUAGAUAUCCCGCCCCAAGCCAUCAUUCCCUUCAAGAGCUGGAUCUCGAGGGUCCGCCGGUCUCCCAUGUCUCUUGAGACAGAGAACCCAGCUGCUCGCCUGGUCGACUUCCUUGAUGACCACUUUGAGCGCAUGUCGUGCGGCGGUCUGGUUCUAGAUACGAGUAAGACGCAAGAGCACUCCCGAACUAUGGCUAGUGCGGGCCCUGUGAGUCCUGAGGUGGCCCGUCUCUACGUGGCUUCUUGGAAGAAGAUGGGUUAUCUGAACUGA